GCACUUAGGCAGAGUUUGGCCCCGCCGCGCCGGAGUGUCCGUGGCGCCGCCGGGGCAGCGCGGCCGCACCGCCAGCGCCGUCCCCGUCCCGUCCCCUCGUGUCCCGGCCAGCCCCAGCCCAGGGCCGUGCUAUGGCUACGUCUAUACUCGGGGAAGAGCCGAGGUUUGGGACCACCCCGCUGGCCAUGCUGGCCGCCACCUGCAACAAGAUCGGCAACACCAGCCCGCUGACCACGCUGCCCGAGUCCAGCGCCUUCGCCAAGGGGGGCUUCCACCCCUGGAAACGCUCCACCUCCAGCUGCAACCUGGGCUCCAGUCUCUCGGGCUUCACGGUGGCCACGAGCAGGGGCUCCGGCGGACUGGCCAGCGGCACGGGCACGGCCAACAGCGCCUUCUGCCUGGCCUCCACCUCGCCCACCUCGUCGGCCUUCAGCAGCGACUACGGCGGCCUCUUCUCCAACUCGGCGGCGGCGGCGGCCGGCGUGUCGCCGCAGGAGCCCGGCGGGCAGUCGGCCUUCAUCUCCAAGGUGCACAGCUCGGCGGCCGAGAGCCUGUACCCGCGGGUGGGCAUGGCGCACCCCUACGAGUCCUGGUACAAGUCCGGCUUCCACUCCACGCUGUCGGCGGGCGAGGUGGCCAACGGGGCGGCCUCCUCGUGGUGGGACGUGCACGCCAACCCGGGCUCCUGGCUGGAGGUGCAGAACCCGGCGGGGGGGCUCCAGGGCUCGCUGCACUCGGGCGCCCCCCAGGCCUCGCUGCACUCCCAGCUGGGCACCUACAACCCCGACUUCAGCUCGCUCACCCACUCCGCCUUCAGCUCCACCGGCCUGGGCUCCACGGCCGCCUCGCACCUGCUCUCCACCGGCCAGCACCUGCUCGCCCAGGAGGGCUUCAAGCCCGUGCUGCCCUCCUACACGGACUCCAGCGCGGCGGUGGCGGCGGCCAGCGCCAUGAUCACGGGCGCCGCCGCCGCCGGGGGGGGCUCGGCCCGCUCCGCCCGGCGCUACUCGGGCCGGGCCACCUGCGACUGCCCCAACUGCCAGGAGGCCGAGCGGCUGGGGCCGGCGGGGGCCAGCCUGCGGCGCAAGGGGCUGCACAGCUGCCACAUCCCCGGCUGCGGCAAGGUGUACGGCAAGACGUCGCACCUGAAGGCGCACCUGCGCUGGCACACGGGCGAGCGGCCCUUCGUCUGCAACUGGCUCUUCUGCGGCAAGCGCUUCACCCGCUCCGACGAGCUGCAGCGGCACCUGCGGACUCACACGGGCGAGAAGCGCUUCGCCUGCCCCGUCUGCAACAAGCGCUUCAUGCGCAGCGACCACCUGAGCAAACACAUCAAAACGCACAACGGGGGCGGCGGCGGCAAAAAGGGCAGCGACAGCGACACGGACGCCAGCAACCUGGAGACGCCGCGCUCCGAGUCCCCCGACCUCAUCCUGCACGACGGGGUGGGCGCCGCCCGCGCCCCCGCCAAGGAGCCGCCCGGCGACUCCUAGGGCAGCGCCCGCCGCCCCCAGGGACGCUUCUCCCCCUCGCUCCUUCGCCUUGGGGUCUUGGUUUCUUUCCGUUUUCCGCCCUUCUGGUUUUCUUUCUCUUUUAUUUUUUGCUUUUCUUUCCCCGUUUCCUUUUCCCGUCCAAAGGAAAAGCAUCCCGAGAGAGGCUGGAGGUGAGAAACUGAACGGGCAGCCCGAGACGGUUCCUCUGUAUCGCAUAAACAGCUGUAUAAAUAGGGUUCAAAGAGAAAAAAAAAAAAAGAAAAAACACACAAAAAAAAUACCCCAACCAGAUUGUGUUUGCUUAUUUUUCUUGUAAAUGUUGAUCUGAUAGGGGGGUCGGGGAUUUCCUUUUCUUAUCGGUGAAUUCCUGAAAUUCAGGGAGCUUUUGGGGGUUUCGGUUAUUUUUUUUUUUAAUUUUAAAUUUCUGAUGCACUUUGUGGAAGUCAGUAUAUAUGUAAAAGAUAUUUAAAAUGUUGAGUUAACAUUUCACUCAGACACACGUAAGUUAAGGUCACUUAAAGAAAUUAAAUGCGUUUAUCUGUAUGAAAAAAAGAAACAAAAACAAGAUCUCGACAUAUUUUCAUUUUGGUAUUAUUAAAGGACUCUGAACAAUACGCUCGCGGUUUUGUCCUUAUUCCUGGCAGGGUCGGGGCAGCGGCCGGAGCCCCGCCGCUCCCCCCGGCGGGCGGUAAGGGCCGGGGAAGGGACGGGAAAGGAAGGGGGCUG